GCGGCAGAGCGGUACCGGAGGCGGGAACCAACGGUUCGGAGCUAACCCGACUCCCUUGGCGGGAACCAGCCGAGCGAACGCGUAGAAGUUUCGAGACGCCCAGAAGUCCUCGGAUGACGCGAGAUUCUUCGGAUCGUACCUCCGGCGUGAGUCGAAGCACGAAAGAUGAGAGAAUCGGGGAACGACUUCUCAGAAAUGCACAAAAAGAUAAGUUAUCCCGAGGAAGCAUCGGGACAACGUCGCUCUUGUGAUUUUAGAUGACGCGUGUGCGAGGAACGGAUCUCGUGCAUCCUCCUACGCCUCCACGUUUUUUCUAAUCUACAAAUACAGCAAGGCAGGACUGGACUCGGAGAUAAGGUUCGCCGCUCCAUUCCGAAGACGACGGUCCACGACAGUCCCACGAACCUCAACGUAUUUUCCGCACUAGAGAAAACUUUGCCCAACUGACCUGCAAGUUCAACAGCCGAAGAGAAAGAGCAACGGAGAGGCAUACCUACCUUAUAGGUAGGUUUCUAACUUGGAUUUCGGCUGGAAAUUACAAUUUGCCGAAACAGUCCGAGCAAAGAGCGUAGACCUGGUUUUACGUCACGUUCAACGAGGGGAUACGGCGAAACGAUCGUCCCACCUCCAUCGCUGCGGGCGGGAGUAACGUACGACCAGAUCCGACCACCCCGCGCACUCCGGGGUGGCGAUAGCUUUCAACGGCUUCUGCGGCACAUACCAGCUCCAUUCAGAGUACCGGAGCACGUACACAUGGCACGAGUACACGGGACCGCAUCAGGAGCACGCGGUCGUGCGGAGGUCACCCCAGCCGGCUCCGGUAUCCACGAAACAAGCGAACCUGAAGCUGCAAUCGGCCAAGUCAACCGAAGAUGAUAACAGCGAAGGGCCGACGUUGGAGCCAGCCAUGCCGAGGAGGAAGAAAUGCCCCGAGCUCGCUUACAAGAGCCACGAGUUCAUGAUGGCUGCUGACGGCGGAGGACUCGACGCGAUCGACUCCAACGUUAUCGCCGACAAAACUCAGGCAGCUACUGCAGCGCCAGUGCUGCCGACUAGCCAGCUGAGUAAGGCGAUCUCGCGAAUCAGCACUGAGUAUCGUUUACAGUUUGCCUGGCCCAGGCGAUCUCAGUUGACCAACGGCGACGCCUCGGGCGCCGGGGGGCAACCCGCCGCGGGCGGAGGAGGGCACACCGCUAGCGGCCUCGUCAACCAGGGAACGACCGCGCCACCCAGGAAGUCGCUCAGCAUGGGCGCCCUCAAGCAGGGGGUCGUUCCUUCCGCUCCGGCUCCGGUUCACAAGAAGAGGACCGCCGACGUCGAUCGGAAGCGCGACGACGUUCAACCCUCCGAGCUGGAACCUCUGGUGGGCAGCAACGGGACGGACGCGGCGGACGGGACCGUCGUCGAGGGCGACGAGCAGGACGACGAACCGCUACAGCCGAAAGUGACGUUCAGGUCGGUCACCAAGGAGGAGAAGGAGCAGGAGAACACCCGGAAGAUAGGGCCCGUGCCGCAACCGAACUCGAUGCCACCGGCGGGCAGACCUUCCAGCGUCCAGGUGAGGCCGUCCUCCGUGCAGCAACAACGACCGGCGAACCCGCUCCUCCAGGACGACGCGAAGACGGAUAACGAGAGAGCGAUCGCUCGCGCAAGAAAGGAUUUCUUGAUCCGUCACCACCUCGAUCGCACCACGGGCGUCGGGGACGGCGCACUGCUCCCUUCUCCGACCAGGGAGAAGCUCGAGCCAGUGAUACCGCGACGCCGAGACGAGUCCAACAACGCGCGGGACGAGAUCCAGCCGAGGACGAAGUCCAGCCCGAAGAACAGUCCGAGGGCGGGACGUUCCCAGAGCCUCGGUCCCAGCGUUGCCGAACGAAAGUCGCCCAAACGACAACCGGUCAGAGCCCCCUCCGUCGCCAAGGAGUUCAAGGAGAGGAGCAAAGACGUCAGGGACAAGGAGAAGGAGCCGAUCGGCGACAGAGCGACCGAGCCGGCGAGGCAUCCGCGACCGACCUCCCUUGCAACCAAUGCUCCCGCCAAUCGCCCCCUUCAUCACGCCAAACCUGCAACCGCCAUAAAACCUCCGGUAAAUAAUUCAGUUCAUUCAUCCGUCACGCAUCCACCCACCUCUGCGGCCGCCGUGUCGAAACUGCAGGAAAUACGUGCGACUGCCUCCGCAGCCGCGAAGCGUUCGCUGACAAUGAACCAAGCUCAGGUCAAACUGGCUGGUCCUGCGACGCGUCACGCCAGACCAAAAACAUCAUCAAACGAUAUUCGAUACGCGUCCCGAGCCGCUACCAUCCGAGCUACCGGGUCGGACGCGCAGACGAACGGCGAGGCUCCGGUCGCAGCGGAAUCCGGCGAGGAUCCUCCGAUUCCUUCGUCACGAACGGUGCCGGCGAACGCCGGGGCGAGCCCUUGGCUCGACGACGAGCCCGUGGUUAAAAGCCCUCCGGAGCCUACGAGGGUGAAAUCUCCCGAGCAGAUGAUCAUGAGGUCCCCCGAACCCGUCAACUGGACGGUGCCGUUGGACACGGGCAAGACGUUCACCGUCACGCAAAACGUACGCGAAGGUGAGCCUUCGACGCGACCCCACAGCGAAGCGAGGACAUGGGGGGCGUCGUCGCUACCGCCCAUUCCUCAGUCGGCCUCGCCCGACUUGCCCCAUCAGCACAAGUCUCAGCACUCCCAGUACUCGGGGUACAAAUCCCCGGAGAGCGAGAGCGUCUCCUUGGGGAGCUUCAGCGGCCUCAACGGUCACAAGGAUCAGGACUCCGGACGGGAGAGCCCCCUGCCGCAGCUUCGCCCCGACUCGGCGACGACGCCCGCGGCAUCCCUGCGGAAUCACAAGGCGCUGCCGGACAGCGAUAAUCCGGAGAGAGUCGCCGCCGGAAGAACGGAGGACGUCGUCUCGGCGAGGCCGGUGGCGGGGACGAAUCUGAGAUGCCUGGACGAUCCCGUUUUCGCUCUAGAGAGGAAAAAGGAAUCGGCCACCCCUCCGGGCUCCGGGGGAUACCGGGUCCUCGAGGCGGAAGUGCCGCGCGGGAGCGAGGGGCCUCAGCGGUCCCAGACGGCGGUAGAAGCGCCGAGCGGAUACCGCGUUCUCGGUCCGACGGAAUCCGGUGUCGAAGAUCCCUGCGAAGUCCUGGACGAGACGUACCUUCGGUUCCAGAAAUUCUGGUCGGUGGGGAGGAAAUUCGACGACGGGUGCGACCGCCCGGGAACCGUACGCAAACCCGCCGCACCUCCGGUAUCACCUACGCAGCAACGCGAAUAGACGGUUGCCGCGGUUGCGAAAUUUAUCGAGGUAUUCGAGGAGUCGGUGCGGCGGGUGCGCACCGAUUACGCCGACUCGCGGUUCACGCAUACCUAUACUUAUACGUGCAUACCUAUUAUAUGUAUACUUAUAUAUCUAUUCAUUCGUUACAUCCGUUCACCGAACAUGAAUCCGUGCAGAUAUUCGUUGCGACGAUCGCGGUAUCGGUCGGGUCGUCGCCUAAAUUAAUUCAUUCGAUUCUUCGUUGGGUAGCGACGAACAACGCGGUUAUCGUCCGUCGUUCCGCGUCAUUUGAUUUUCUUUCAUUCUCUUCGAUCGAUCGAAUACCGAUGAAAUGGACGAACCGCAACCCGUUCGAAAGCGACGACGUACGGGGUGGAGGUAAUCGUGAUAACCGGACGACGCGGGUAAACGCUGAUCCGUCUACGACGGAGGGAGGACGAUCGAAUUAUAAGAAUGCUUAUCAAUACUCACCGCAGGGGCGUACCGCCAAGCUCUAGACGAAAGUGCCAUCGCUCUGCUUACGAAAAGUUUUAUAAAAUAAUAUCGAAUUUAGAUGAAUAGAUCGCAGAAUAUUUUUCUUCAAACAACGUUUGUCACCCUGUGGAAAAGACAAAGAAAAGAUAGAGAAUGAUCCGUAGCGACGAGGGUAAAGAGUACCGGAAAGGAUAAGGUGGGAAAAAAAAAGGGUAUCCUCUAGGAAAACAUCGGGGAACGGAUAAUAUUAUUAAAAAAUUAUCGAUUAAGUACUAUACGAUCGAUCCGAUACCGUAUAUAAAGUAGUAGAGCUGAAUGAAAAAAUUUAUAUACGUCUAGCCUUUUUCAUACAAAAGUAUUUCGAAUUACAUCGUUACAGAGUGAUAGUGCCAUAGAAGAAUAAAUAAUACAAGAUAUUUAAAUAAAUAAAUAAAAAUAAACAAAAAAAUAAAAUAACACAAAUAACACAAAGCAAAGACAAUUUUUUCAAUCUUCUGAGGAGAAAUCUGUCGAAUUUCUCAUUUCGCCGUCUCUGUUGAAUAGUGAGGAAUAAGAAAGUCAAACGAAGUAAAGUAUAACGAAACAACGUUCGUUUGAUCCGUUGCAAAGCCCUCGGAUUGAAAUCGAAGAACAUCCGAUUGAUGAUCGCAACCGUGGCGAUAACGAUAUCGAGUGAGAUUUCCCCGCGCGGUCAUGCGUUCUCCGAGGAUACGUGAAAAUAACGUCGAUUGUGUUACGUACGUACACAUUAGCGCGACGGUAACGCAACAAUGAUGAUAAUGAUAAUAGAUAAUAACACGAUGAUCACAAGUACAUGGUACUCGGAAUACUAGGAUUACCGAAUCUAUACCUAUAAAUGACGACGACGACGACGACGACGACGACGACGAUCAUCGAUGACGCAACGGUAAUAAUAUUAUACAAAUAGUAAGAUUAAUAACAAUAACGUUAGCAAAUAAUAAUGGGUAACGAGUAAACCGAGUUAAAAAUACUGGCAUGCCUUAGGAAUACCGAGGAUGAGGAUUUGCGAUUGCGGAUAGGCGUCGGCGGUACGGGACAUGAUAUAAAGGUGUACCGUGCAACCGUGAGGAGAGAUUAAUGAAGGAACCGUAGAUAGGAUAUAUAAUAAAUAAGUGAAAACGAGCUACUGACUAAUUCUACAUGCAUUUGUGUAUAUCGUAACUGUUAGAAAUUAAUCGUAAGCCAGUAACACCGCAACUCCAUCCAGGUUUUGCGCGUCCAAAACCCAACCAAUCCAAUCGUAAAGAAAAUUUUACCGACUGAUCGAUAUACCGUAUGCGUACGUUUGUAGAUAGGUAGAAGGUGCCGAUGGCGAUGAGGGGGAUGAAUGAAAUUGAGCCAGACAUCGAGUCGAGUCCAACGUCAUCCAUCGCAACGAUAACCGUGCGAUGACUGUCUUUAUAAUUUGCAACCAACCAGAUGAUGAUAUUUAAUUUUCUAAAUUUUCUAGAAAAAGCGUGCUUUAGCGAUCUUUCGAAAUCGAAAAGCGAAAGACCGCCGGAAGUUGGACGGAUGAAGAUUCGCUAUGAGAAGACUAUUUCUCGUCGGAUCGCGCUCUGUCCCAGAUUGUUAGCUAUUUCACUGUACGUGUAUCACUGUUCACCUGGAAUGUACGACUACGGUCGAUAUAGAUAUCGCGUGGAAAGUUGAAGCGGGGUGCCGUUUAAAUCCGUGAGCUGGAUCAUUGUUACCGAGUUGCAUGGGAUAGGUACAGCGUGGACACGGAGAAAGCAGAGAAAUAUACGAUUGAUUGAAUGAAUAAAGAAACGUAUGCAAAUACCGCAUCACCAAUAAUAUGAUAAUAAAAAUAAUUGAACGAUAACUUUUGUAUUAUCGUCAUAUAUUUAAUAUACGAAACUCCUUUUUCAUGUUAUCAACGCCAUCAUCGUCACCUUACAUAUUAUCAUUAUCAUCGCGGUGCGAUGCGACAUAUUGUCUAAUAUUACCUAUAUUAUAUAUUAUCAUUGCGAAUGCAGCUCCCCAUUAAUUUAUACGUCGUAUAUUUAUCAUAUUUACGUUGAUGUAUACAUACCCGUAUACGGCGGACAGAUUUGGAGAUGCGAUUUUGAGGGGGCGGGAGACUUGGAAUUCGGAAUCGAGAAAUUAACUACCACCGUGAAAUGUAGGACGGCAGAUUGACGAUUUAUUUUGCACCGCAACGUAUAAUUUCAAUCAGCUGUUACGCUACGAAGUUUGUACAUAAACUUAUCAUACGAUGUGGUCUGUCGCAAACGUAAUAUUCAUACUUUGUUUACACAGCAUUAAUAUUAUUUUGUUGAUUUAUAGCGUGUGAUAAAUAAUAUAAAUACGAUUGGCCUGAUGAGAUAUUUGUUAUGUAUGAUUAGCAUUAUUGUUAUCGUUAUUAUCAUUAACAUUAUUACUAUUAUACAUAUAUAUAAUAUUAUGGAGAUUAUUAUGCCUAAAAUACCUAUACAAUAUGAAUAUAAAUUACAUACUAUAUUGAUAGAAAGUGAAAUAUUCGUAAUAAAUACGCGCCAACGCUUCCUGUGACACUUGA